CGAUGGCAGGCUUACGGCAGGUUAUGUUCGUGGUAGUCUGCGGGUUUGGCUUGGUUGUCAUGUCUACCAUGGUUGGCAGUCAUGUAGGAUCGGAUCAUAUCAUGGGGUUGAGGCUUUGGGAUUGGCCGUGAGGAUAUGGUGUUAGUUAGGUACUUGUGUCUUCCCCGCUUGUGGUACUGAAGAUGUGGUGAGAUGCGGGGAAGGUUAGAUAGGAGUGAUGAUAUUCUCCGAUUGUAUAUCUUGUACAAACAUCCGAUGGUAGAAGUUUCAUAAGACUUUCUGAACAUUGUCUAUCCUCUGCGCUGCCUAAAUUAUGCUCCUGGAUACUAACCUGGACUUGUUGUGAGAGAACCAAACACCAAUCCAACAUGGCGGACGUGGUCAAGCUCCCUGAACCCUUUGCUUCCAUCCCCCGAACCCCCCUCACCCUCGGCCCCUCCCCAAUCCACCCCCUCCCCCGCCUCUCCUCCCAUCUCGGGGGCAAAGUAAACAUCUACGCCAAACGCGAAGACCUCAACUCUGCUCUCGCCUUUGGCGGGAACAAGACCCGCAAACUGGAGUACCUCCUCCCCGAAGCACUCUCCCAAGGCUGCGACACCCUCAUCUCCAUCGGCGGCAUCCAAUCCAACCACACCCGCCAAGUCACCGCCGCCGCCGCCUCCCUCGGCUUGAACGUCUCCCUCAUCCAAGAAGACUGGGUCCCCGGAUGGGAAGAUGCGUCGUAUGAAAAAGUCGGGAAUAUACAACUGUCCCGUCUGAUGGGCGCAGAUGUCCACGUGAUAAAAACAGAGAAUUUUGGGAUUGGGCACAAGGAGAGCCUGAAAAAAUUGAGGAGGAGGCUGGAGGGGGAGGGAAGGAGGGUGUACUACAUCCCGGCGGGGGCGUCUGACCACCCCUUGGGGGGUUUAGGUUUUGCGAGGUGGGUUUGGGAGCUGGAACAGCAGGAAAGGGAGAUGGGGGUGUGGUUUGGGACGUUGGUGGUUUGUGCUGUGACUGGGAGUACACUGGCGGGGGUGAUUGCGGGGGUUAAGCAUCAGGAGUUGAAAGGGGGAGGGAGAAAGAGGAGGGUGGUUGGAAUUGAUGCGAGUGCUAGGCCUAAGGAGACGUUUGAGCAGGUGUUGCGGAUAGCGAGGCAGACGGGGGUGAAACUGGGGCUGGAGGAGGGGGAUAUCAACGAGGGGGAUGUGACACUGGAUGAGAGGUUUCAUGGGGGGGUUUAUGGUGUUCCGGACGGGAAGACGGUGGAGGCGAUCAAGCUUGGGGCCGGGCUGGAGGGGUUUAUCACUGAUCCUGUUUAUGAGGGGAAGAGUUUGGCGGGUUUGGUUGGGAUGGUGAAGGGGGGGGAGAUACGAGAGGGGGAGAAUGUGUUGUUUGCGCAUUUGGGGGGUCAGGUUGCGUUGAGUGCUUAUGGGGAUAUGGUUUAGGGGAAGUGCCGUAGAAUGGAAUGAGAUGGGACAGAGAAGACUUGAGGUUUGAAGCAAGACCGGGGUUUCACAUGCUUUGUGAUUCUCAUGAAAUUGAGCGUUUGCGUGAAGCUGGGAGAUAGUCAAAGAUAUAUAUAUGUGCCCGAAAGCUGAAGCUGUCGUGUCACCACCUCCUCGCUCAAGAAUGAUAUUAUGCCCAGACAAAGCCAAUCCGCGGCCAGCUGCGGC